AUGGCUGAGGUAAUCCACAUUUCUUCAAGAUCUAGAGUUUACGACUCACUAGCUGAUUCGUUAAGUAAAUCGAGUCGGACAAUAAGCAAAGAAUCAUCACGGAGCAGAUUUCCGGAAACCAGUUCAAAAUCCGUCGGUUAUUGGUUAUUGGGAAGCGCUGCGAGUGUAUUUGGAAUUGUCGUAUUUGGAGGCCUUACACGCUUGACAGAAUCUGGUCUGAGUAUUACAGAAUGGAAACCUGUUACCGGAUCCCUUCCACCCCUCUCCGCUGCAGAUUGGGAUAGUGAGUUCAACUUGUAUCGCGCCUCGCCAGAAUUCAAGCUUCUAAAUCCGCAUAUGACAAUGGAAGAAUUUAAGAAGAUAUAUUUCAUGGAAUGGUUUCAUCGAUUAUGGGGACGAUUCAUUGGGCUUUCAUUCGUCAUCCCAGCCGUCUACUUCGUCGCUCGCCGCAAAGUUUCCAAGCCCAUGGCUCUACGUCUACUUGGAAUAUCGGGACUUAUCGGCUUCCAAGGAGGUAUUGGUUGGUGGAUGGUCAAGUCAGGAUUGAAGGAUGAUCUUUUCGCCCCUGGCUCUCACCCCCGGGUUUCCCAAUAUAGGCUUACCACACAUCUUGGCACUGCCUUCCUCUGCUACACUGCGAUGCUUUGGAACGGACUCUCCAUUCUUCGAGAUCACCGAUUAUUAUUCGGUACUACACCCGCCCAGGCUCAUGCGCAUCUUCUCCGCCUAUCUUCAUCAUCUUUAUCGGUAUUUCGAAAAUCCGUCGCGGGCCUUGCUCUCCUUGUCUUCACAACGGCCAUGUCUGGUGGAUUGGUAGCGGGUCUCGAUGCAGGGCUUAUCUACAAUGAGUUUCCUCGAAUGGGUAAAGGACUCACCCCACCAAAAUCCGAACUCUUUUCGGAAUUUUACUCUCGACGACCAGAUCAAAGUGAUUUGUGGUGGCGUAACAUGCUCGAGAAUCCAUCAACAGUACAGCUUGACCACCGAAUACUGGCCACUACAUCUUUCACGGCUAUCCUCGCUCUCUGGGCAUACUCACGCUUUAACCCCAGAGUUAAAGCUGCUCUCCCAAAGACUGGAGCACAAGGCAUGAUGGGUGUAGUACAUCUUCUGAUGAUGCAAGUUACUUUGGGUAUCAGUACUUUGAUAUAUCUAGUACCUACUCCUCUCGCUUCUGCUCAUCAAGCUGGAAGUCUAGCAUUAUUGACAGGUGUAGUGGUAUUAGGCAGUAGAGUCUGGAUCCCAAAAAGAACCAUGGCUAUUUUGAGAAGAAAGUUGACAGCACAAAGUCCACAAACCGUGAAGAUGAAGCAUUCUGCGAUACGAAGUGCAUAA